AUGCGUGUUGCCAUCAUUGGAGCCGGACCAGGAGGCCUGGUUACGUUGAAGUAUCUCCUUCAAGCAAAUCAGGACUUCAACGUCGCACCCAUUGAGGCCAGACUCUUUGAAGCCCAAGAUGACAUUGGAGGCACAUUCCGCUAUCGCACCUAUCCAGAGGGCGAGAUGGUGUCUUCCAAAGCCUUGACCACUUUCUCAGACUUCAGGAUACCGCCAGAACGGACUGAUUGCGGUGACUUUCUCUCCAUGGCCCAAUAUAUCGAGUACCUCGACAACUACUGCGAUCAUUUCAAAUUACGACCUCACAUCAAUCUCAAUACUGCGGUAACGAAUGUACGACGGGGCAAAGAUGGCAAAGGCCAUAUUGUGACCUAUUCUUCAAAGGACGGGAUAACAGAGGAAUGGGCCUGCGAUGCUGUUGCAGUGUGCUCAGGGCUGCAUGUGGACAAGGUUGUGCCCACGAUUCCCGGGAUCGAGAAAGUGCCCACUGUCAUCCAUUCCUCUCAGUACAAAGGCCGACAUAUAUUUACCGAAGGCAGCAAUGUCGUGAUCCUCGGUGUUGGAGAAACGGCAAUGGACAUGGCAUAUUUUGCGGUGACUUCUCCUACCAAUUCGGUGACGCUUUGCCAUCGAAAUGGAUUCGUCCUGGCGCCAAAGCAUGUUGAACGUUUCGUCGUCAUGGGGAAGCGGGAAGCCGAGUACAACCCUUCUCCGAUUGACACAAAUUGGAACUGUCUGUUCGACACUGCUUAUGCACAUCCGAAGCUGCGGAACUCUCGUUGGCCGUGGGUGUUCUAUGACUGGUGGACGAAGGGCGCUUGGAUCCUCUUGAACAAUACGCGUUAUGGAUACGGUCAGCAUGCGGGAAUUAUCAAGGGCUAUCAUAUGUCCGAGAUUCUCUUUGUGAAGUCCACCAAAGUCCAACCCUAUUUCGACAGGCGCUACAUCAAAGACAGUCGACUGAGGCGGUUCAUGGAACGCAUCAUUGACCUACCGCGGAUUGACACGAAGGGCCGCACCGUCAAAUUUGCCCCAUUUCCAGAAUAUGUUGAUGACGAAGGCGUCAUCCAUUUCCAGAAGAACGAUACACAGGAGUCGAAGCACAUAGAGACCUUGAAAAUCAAGCCAGACGUUGUGAUCUUCGCCACUGGCUACCAGCACCUGACAUUCCCAUUCCUGAGUCAAGGAUAUCCGCAUUCUAACGAUGUCGAUGUUCGUGCUAUGUGGAAGGAUGGUGACGAGACGGUUGCUUUCAUAGGAUUUGUUCGGCCACAGAUCGGUGCAAUUCCUCCUCUAGCCGAGUUCCAAGCUCAGCUCUGGGUGCUUCGAAUCCUCAAUCUUCUUCCAGAAGCGAGCCUACGGUCAUUGGAUCCAGCGCUGAAUCCCGACGGCGAAGAGUGGUACAGGCUGAAGACAAAGCCUGAACAUCGUAUCCAUCAUGGUGUCGAUCAUGAAUCGUACGCCUACCAACUGGCUCUUGACAUGGGCUCCGCACCAUCCGCCGCGCAGGUGUUGAAGCAUGGAUGGAAGGUAUUCAUCGUGUGGGCCUGCGGAUGUAACAUGAACACCAAGUUCAGAUUGGUGGGCCCAUGGCGGUGGGAAGGAGCCGAAGGAAUGAUGAAGGGAGAGAUGUGGGAGUUGAUCAAGAGACGACCAUUUGUCUGGGGUGAGUUCUUUUUCAGAUCUGGAACAUCACAAGAUGCCGUCUUCAAGCAACAAACUCCUCUCUUUAUGCUUCCACUGCCACCAUCACUUCCAUUGUGA